GCCCCGGAUAGCUUCCAUGGCGCUACCGGACCGAGUUCUGCCGUGAGGGAUAUCGCUUCAGAUGAGUGCGGAUUUAUGGCGUCUCGAGCCCUCCUGCUCUGCGUUCUGUUUGCAGUAGGAUCGCCGACGGCAGGCAGCCAGGCGGGCGGGCCGGCGCUGACUUUCGCUGCGGAGCCGCCGCCGGAGGUGGUGGUUCCGCGGGGGCGGCCCGCCAACCUCACCUGCUCCGCGCCCGGCCGCAACGUCUCCUGGCUGCGCGAUGGCGCGCCCCUCGACCUGGCCGGGGACUCGCGCCGCCUGCUGCUGCCCGACGGCACGCUGCUCAUCAAGAAGGCGGUGUCCAAGAAGCACGGCGCCGGCGGCGUGAACGCCUCCGACCAGGGCGAGUACCGCUGCGUGGCGCGCGACGACCAGGGAACCAUCAUGUCGCGAGCCUGCAGGCUCAGGAUAGCAGCCAUAGCCCAGGAGUUCAGCAAGUCACCAAUGAACAAUACAGUGUAUGAGGAUGACGUCGUGCGGUUUAUGUGCCAAAUUGACUCUGUUCCGAAAGCAGUUAUUUCGUGGGAAAAAGAUGGAGAACCUCUACCUCAGGAUAGCAGGUAUUUAAUAAUAGAGCCAGGACUUCUGUACCUGUCCAGAAUAAAGUUUUCUGAUGCUGGCACGUACAGGUGCAAGGCCACGAACCCGGUGAUGAAGAAGGUGCGGACGAGCCCCGGGGCAGCGCUGAGCGUGGCUCCGUGGACCGCCGCCGCGCCGCGCUCGCCAGAGUUCCUGUCCCACGGGGAGCCCGUGUCCGUGCUGCGAGGCGCGGACGCGGCGCUGCACUGCGUCGCGAGCGGCUACCCCCCGCCCCUCGUCUCCUGGUCGUACAAGGGCCCGCCCGCCAGCCCCCUGCCCGGGGAGGGGCGGGUCACCAGCGUCCUGCGGCUGGGGAACAUCACCGUCAACCAGUCCGGGGUGUACGUGUGCAACGCCACAAGCGCGAGGCCGGACGGCGGCGUGGACUGGGCCGCCCAGGAGACGUCGGUGGACGUGCUCAUUCCCCCGAGGCUGACGUCGGCGCCCGUGUCCUUGGUCCUGCCGGCCGCCAAGACGGCCCGGUUCAACUGCACCGCCGAGGGGCACCCGCCACCCACAAUCCUUUGGUGGAAGGACGGUCAGCGGCUGCGAAUCAACGGCCGCGUCAAGCAGCAGGCCAAGCAGCUGGUGCUGUCGACCACGGUGACGGCGGACACGGGCGUGUACCAGUGCGUGGCGAGCAGCAAGGCAGGGGAGGCCUGGGCGGCGGCCCGCCUGCUGGUCAACGCCUCCCGCUUCCAGCCCCCGCCCCCCACCGGCCUCUCCUGCCGGACCCUCUCCUCCGGCGAGGUGCUGCUGUCCGUGGACGGGGUGGAACCCCAGCCCAACUUCAAGGCCUACACCUUCCACUUCGAGCCCACAGCGGGCGGACCGAUGAAAGAAACCGUGACAUCGAACAAAACGGUGAUUGUAGACAAGUUGCAGCCUUUCACCAACUACACGUUUUCUGCGCGUGUGUACACCACUUUUGCCAGCGAUCUCUCCAAGAAAGUCACGUGCAUGACAGGAGAAGGAGUUCCUCUGAAGUCCCCGAAGCCGCGCCUGCUGCCGAAGAGCCCCAGCACCCUGCUGGUGUCUUGGUCCCCUCUUCCCCCGAGCGUGGCCCAGGGCGUCGUGACGCAGUACAAGAUCCAGUGGCGGCUGAAGGACCACCCGUCGGUGCCCACCGAGUUCCUGAGCGGCAACAGCCUCGAGUACCUCAUCUCGGGCUUGCUGCCCGGUAACGAGUACGAUGUACGAGUGUUGGCGGCGACGAGCGAAGGCUGGUCCGAUGUUCCUGACGAGCAGAUGUCGUGGUCCAGCGUCCAGAUGCCGAGCAGCCAAAAAAAUGUUCCUUUAGCACCUGUAGUUCAUUUGACAGUUCUGUCUCCUACGUCCAUUGAGGUGACCUGGAAGUUGCCUCCCGCCAACAAGUACAAACCUACCCGGUACUCCCUGUAUUACCGCAAACGAAACGACGCCCAGGUGGGGCCUGUCAAGCUGCCGGCCACCACCACUCAGUACCUGCUGCAGGACUUAGACCCGGAGACGUGGUACGAGGUGCUGGUGCUGGGCACCGCCGACGAGGGGGAGGGGGAGGCGGGCGUGCAGUCCAUCGUCACGCUGUCCUCGUCGCGCCGGCCGGCGGGCGGCGGCGGCGACUCGGGCCUCUUCCUGGGACGCCUGCUUCCCCCCACGGGGCUGGUGGCCGGGCCGGCGUCGCCCACCGCCAUCGGCCUGGCCUGGACGCCGGCCGUGGACGCCAGCUACUUCACCGUGUGCUACGGCCGGGUGCAGGCCGCCCCGCCCGCCAACCAGUCCCCCUGCAGCUACGUGCGCAGCACGAGUAACGGGGUGCAAGUGAGUGAUCUGAAGCCACACACGCUGUACGAGUUCAAGGUGCGAACCCAUGACCAGAGUGAUCGAUACGGCCCCUACAGCAACACGGUCGAGUGCAGGACUUUGGAAGAUGUGCCAGGGAUGGUGUACAACGUGCAGUGGAAGCCGAUAAACCAGAAGACCGUGCGCGUGUUGUGGCGGGAGCCCAAGUCCACCAACGGGGUCAUCAGGAAGUACGAGGUGGCAGUGAGCAACAACACGGCGCUGACCGUCGACAAGUGGCGGCUGCUGGAGGUCCCUGGAGGGCGUACCAGCGUGGAGGUGUCGGAGCUGUCUGCCAACACCUGGUACCACCUGAUGGUGCGGGCGGUCACGGGCGCAGGCGGGGGUCUCUACAGUCCCGUCGUCAGCCUGCACAUCCCCAUGGGGGAGAUCACUGGAACCAACACCCCGGGCGGUCCCGCGUCUCCGCCCGAGGCGUCGUCGCAGCGGAUCGUUGUUGUGGCAGGGGUGGUGGUGGCGGUGAGUUGCGUGACGCUCGCCGUGCUGGGGCUGGUGCUGUACCGGUGCUGCUCCCGCUCGCGUCCCCCGCCCGUCGGAGGGCCCCACGCCAACGGCAACGGCUACUGCCACGGCUGGCAGCGGCGGAGCCGGCCGCUCCGCCCCUCCGAGAGCCCCCGCGAGCUGGAGUGCUUCUCGCCCGGGGCCGCCACCCACAUUCCGCUGGAGGACCACGCCCACCUCGACACCAAGGGCGGCUAUCCGAAUGGCCAUGCUAAUGGACUGAAGCUUCCUUUGUUAAGCAAUGGGCGCGCAAAAUCCGGACAGGCGAUGCUCGAUAGGAGCAGUGUUAACAUCACCGAGAAUCCUCAGUUUCAGAAUGGGGACAGCAUUGAAAAAGUCGAUGCCUGUGGCGAUGGUGCUCAUUCUGAACCAUUGUUGUGUUCCAAAGAUGAGAAAAAGUGCAGGGUGGGGGAAGCGGGCGGACGCCGGGAAGAGUCCUGGAGUCCAGAGCCGGAGGAGAAGGACCUGGACGCGACCCAGGUCACGCUACUGGACCUCACGCAGCCACAUUCUCCCAACAGCAGCAGCAGCAGCAGCAGCAGCAGCCAGGCUGGCCACCGUCGCAACACGUAGCACACAUCCUCUCGCCAGUAAGACAGUUCCAACGCUUAGACGGGGCGCGCCGACGCCACGAGGCUCUCUCGUUGCCCGUGCUUUGGCUGGUAAUACGACAACAUUUGUGUUUUAAAGUACAAAAUAGUUGUUAGAAACGUACCUGUUGUACGUGGGUACAAAAAAAACUCAUUUUAUAUGUAAAAAAAAACAGUUACUUAUAUUAAGUGUUGACUUUUUUUAUAUGAAGUUUUCAUUGUAUACAUAUUUUUUUAAAUAGUUUCUAUUGUGCCCGUCUUAAAUGGGCAUGCUGUUGGUACACUGUAACUGCAUACUAUUAUUGUCAACAGACGAGCUUAUUUUUGCUUCAGUUGGUAAGACUAAGGUGAACUUUACAGACUGCCUAAUCAAACUAUACUAUACCAUGUUCCAUUACCCAAGACUGCAUGAAAUAAUAUUGAUUGUUUUUUUUUUGUGUAUGUAAGUACUUUUAGUUAGCUAUCACUUUGUUUCCUUAGUAUUACCUCACUGACACAACGAAGCUCGUGAUGCUUGAUACAAGAAGGUAUUAUCAGCCAAAUGUUUUAAAACAAUUUUUUUUCUUUUUUGUUUUCUGGAGACAAUUUUUUAAAGUGUUUGCUAAGUUGGUGUGUUUUCCGACUGUGGUUGCUUGUGACACACCGGCUGCUGCGUGAGAACGUCGCAGUGUCGCUCUUGCUAGGACGGUGCUCGUUCAAUCAUUCCCAGCGGCGAGCUCAGGUGAAUUACGAGUAAGAACUGCUGCUUGUUUGGGAUGAAUAACUUUUUUUUUUAAAUUUUAGGAUUUAGAACAUUUGUAUCUACACAGUGAAAGUAUUUUUGUGACUACUUGUUUUCACUUACAUUCAAAAAAUAUUUUAGAAUUUUGUGGAAAUUUUUUAUUGUUUUGUCAUAAUUGUUUAUUUCGAUAAGCAUUGGAACAGUCUUGAAGUACCAUAAGUUGUACUGUAGAGAUACGGUAAUCCCACGACGAGAAAUCUUUUGUGUUUCGGAAGGAUGCGGGUAUACUUUUAAUAUAAAUAUAUUUUUUUGCAAUUAAAUCUGUUGACGAUACAAGUAUUGAAAAUGCACCAAGAUAAUAGAAAAUGGCUUUGGCAGGCACUGCUGAUUUGCGAAAAUAGGAUUGAACCCGAAAUUAGUGUUUGUUUAUUUUUACAUGAGCUGAAAAAUAUGGAAUCAUGUGGCUAAAGUUGCUGUUUAGGAAGCAUUGAUCCAAAGCAGAAAUGGCAGCAUUGUACAUAAAUUAAUGGUACAAGAGUGGUAUGUUAAGGGUAGAUUGUACUAAAAUAUUUUGUUUUAUUUUUAAGCUUUAUUUUGAUAUUUGUGACAGUGUAGUGGAAGCACGUUUAGCACCUUUUAGGCUGAAAACGAGCAGAUGAAGCGACAUUAAGUCAACAUCACGUUAUGGACUGAUGCUCGUAGUGUACGGCUUGCAUCAUCUUAUGAAUGCAUUUAAGAUGAAUUUGAUGUUAAUGUUAAAGAUGUAUACGAAGAGCCCAGCUUCAUGGAUGUUUAGCAAGUUUAGAAGAACGUGUCUGUGUUUGUUUAAGGCCCCCCCCCCCCCCCCCCCCCCCCCCCCUCACCGAGAAAAAUGAAAAACUUUACUGUAUAUGAGCCAUAGAGCAUGAACUGAACACGAAAUGCUUCAGAAGCAUAAUUCUGAAAUUCUUUCUCUGAAAGUAAACUCAUAUACCUAUUUAUAUACUUAAAAAAUAAAUAACUCAAUUCAGUUAAACUAUAGAAUUUGUACCUGAGACAUUUUGACACAUAUAACGAGUAUGAAUUUAAGUGUAAGAAUACCAUUAAUUUUUUUUUUCUCUGUGUAAAUAAUAAUUAAUCUGUUAUUUCCUGAAUGCUUGUAAAUAGGUGUUGUACAACAUGUGUUGGCACAGUUUGAGAUGUAGCUGUAGAUGUGUAUCAAAGUAACGUAAUAGAACAUAGCUCUUGAAAACAGUGUUUAGUCUUGCAGCACAAAGUAUCGUGUAUUUUUGUUACUGUCUUCCAGUUUUUUUAUGUCAUUUUAUGAUAAUGGCACAAUGAAAAAUCUGCAAAAUUGAAAAGCAGUGAAGGCGUAGUGAGUUUAUUUUGAAGCCGUCCUUAAGCCAACAAUUUUUCUGGUGGGUGUUAUUUAAAAAAAUAAAAUAAAACAAAAAAAAACACUUUUGUUCAAGUGCAUAUGAUAACUGUUUUGUCACUGCAGCAACGUUUACGCCGAAAGUUUCCAGGCAAGACAACGUGUCCUGAUUUGCAGAUGCACCAAGAGUUGUAUUGAGUGCCAUCGCAUCGUCAUCCCAGUGCUUGGAUUUUGCACUUAGCACUUGCUCAUUUUCCCUGCUGCAGUUGUUAGCCAGCUCGCAGCAGCCUUAAAACACGUUAACAGGUGUCAGGAUGUAGACUUGCCCAUUAGUUCAGUACUUUGUUCCUGAUAGGAAUCUCGAACUGCCCUAGUACCAAAUCAUGUCUAGCAGUUUAGUAAGAUUCUCAUUUGUGUUUGUGAUUGUCACGCACCGAGACUUUGAGAUGUGUAUAUUUUUCUUUGUGCGUUCAUUUUACAAGGCAUUCUGUGUGCCAGAAUUUCCAGUAGUGUUGCUUGUAGUUUCAAUUCCAAAAGUCUGCCGAAUUGAAAAUAUCAAAUACCGUGUAGUUUUAUACUAACCGUUUGUGGUCCUGAAAAAGGUGUAUUAGUAAUUUUUAAUGUGCAUUCUUUGUAUUAAAAUGAUCACGUACUUAAUACACUGAAAAACUGUCUGCAGUUCAUAUUAUGUAUUACAUUAUUCAGUACAUACACCAGGACUAGUUAGAGUCUAUGUGGUUUUGUGUUAUUCUAAUUUUUAUUGACAUAUUAGUAAGAACACACGUUUACUUAACAUAAAAAAAAGGGUAAAAAGUCAAAAAUUCCUGCAAUAAUAAUUAAAAUCAACUAUUAGUGUUGUAUAAAUUUUUAUUCAUCAAAAUUAUUCUUUAAGUGUAUAUUCAGGCUUUUACAGCCAUUGUCUGAUAAAUUACUUGGUUCUCAUGAUUGAACCCAGUCGAAGCAAUAGUGUGUACCGAUGUUUUGCUCUGCAUUGCCGCAGGCAUUUCUAGGAUUGAGAAUCAACUGAGAGCUGUGAGUAGGUUGGGCUCUAUAAAUACUUUCCAGGGGUCUUUGCCCUUCUCUCGUGAUUGUGAUUGGCUUCUUGAUGAAGACCCCUGGCUCGUCUGUACGUAGAUAGAGGCCUUUAAUCUGUCAGCUUCUAGUUGAUUCUCAACUCUGAAGAUGCCUCCUGUAAUGCAGAGCGAAAUGUUGGCACACACUACCACUGUGACGUGAAUCAAACACGAAAACCAAAAAAGUUUAUAGUAUCUUCAAAAGUUAAUUUUUUUUUAUUGUUCACAGUUGAAAAUGUACAUUGACCAGCUGUAAAAAAAAAAAAAAAAAAACUGGUCUUGUACAAAUUUGAUUUCCUAAUCUCAUGUCAGUAUCACAAAAAUUAGAUGUUUCAGUUUGUGUUGGAACAAAUCCAACGUAAGAGAAAUUUCUAGGCAUGAAAUUUUCAUGUUUGUUAUAGACAUGCCAACUCUGAUUUUGUACUGGAAUUGUAGGCAGUCUUAAGAAAAAUGUCAAAAGAAAAGACGGUAGGAUAAAGAAGGGAGGGAAAUACUUGCGGACUGGCAAAAGCAAGACUGCACAUUUGUAAACUAUUAUUUGCAUAAUUAAUAACCCAGGAAUUCAGGUCAGACAAUUUCAUGGAAUAUUGUUGGCUCUAUUUAAUUUUCUGUGGAUUGCUUAAGGAUCUUGUGAAGGACCAAACUUACAGAAUGAGUCAAGUUUGACCCCCUGAAUUGAUAUCAUCACCAACAUGCAGAAUGAAAAGUUAAUUUAAUACUCAACGUUAUUUUAGAAGAGCCAAUCAAUUUUAUCAUUUGUGAUACAGGAAAUGAAACUGUACUUGUGAACUCCGUGUAGAUAUUACGUAAGAUAAGUAGGAUGAAGCUUACAACCUGACACCCAUUACAUGCUCCCUUGACUUAAAAUUUAAAUUUUUUUUACGAGUUGUAAUAUUAGUAAAUUAGAAUGCUGAUACAAAAAAAAAUACUUAAAAAGAAUAAAAAUAAAAUAAGAUGGGACAAAAUAAAAUAUAAAAGUACUUGGUGCCUUUUUCUAUGGUACAAAAUUUUUGCCUGAUUUUAUGUUGUUGUCCCUGUAUGCCUCAUGGGAAUCACUAGCCAGACACAUGUUACAUUUGCAUUGAGUUACCAUGAAAUGCUGCUGACAUUUGUGUAGAUUGUAAAGCUGUGCUGUUUUUCUCAGACUACAUAUAUGCAUGCCACUUGAAUUGAAGAUACAAAUAAUUCUUAUCAUAAUAAUCUACAUGCAAAAUUUUAUCUCAGUAUGUGAAAAGGUAGUCGAUAAUAUUUUUUUACUUAAUGUUUCUGUAGCAUUUAUAAUCUUAUGGAGAAAAAAAUAAUAAUUCUCACAAAUUAUUUUACAGGAAUACAUUUAAAUAUGGUAUUUGCUUUUUAACUUUCUUGUGUACAGAGUAUUUUGAUGUGCAUGCUGUACAUUUAUACUACAGAAGUAAACUUUUAGAGUUGAAAGUGCUCAUCCAAGAACUACGUCAUAAUUAGUAAUGAAUAAGCUGAAGAUAAGCAAUGCUUUUGUGUUAUCAUGUUAUCACAAAGUAUUUAUUUUGUAUGCUGUCUGUUCCAAUGGCAGAUGUUAGCCGUGCUGAUUAAGAACUCUAAAGUACACAAUGCAUCCAUACAGCACGUAAGUUGCAUACACAUUCCGGUAACGUUGCAGGAAAAUUGCUAUGUUUCAGUUAGUUUUGUUGAUUUUCUGAGAAGUAUUUGAAAAAUUGUGUGGUAUAUGGGCAUUUUGCAGAUAUAUAAUUUUUAAAUAACAGCUUAAACAAGGACUAAAUGUAGUAUGAACAACAUUGAUAUAGGAGCACACAGGAUCAGUUAAUUUUAAAAGGCUAAUAUGAUGUGUUGCUUUGCAACCUCCGAUUUAAAAAAAAAUAUCUUAAACUUCACUGAAAGUAAAGUAUAAUCCUGAUUUAAUGUGGCUGUAACAUUCACACUAUAUACAGAAUGGCCAUCAUAAAUACGUAAAAGCAACCAGUGCAGUGUGUAGCUGGUGGUAUGGCUUGGGUGGUAAACCUGUUUGAAUAUUUUUUUUUGCACUGCCCACAACGGAGAUGGGAUGAUCAUUUAAAAUAAAUAGAGAAUCAGUUUGGAAACACUGCAAAUUUCGGUAUGAUAUUGUAAUAAUUUCUUGAAAUUACAUAACUUUUGUAAACAAAAAUUACUAAAUAGUUAAGUCUCGCAAGAAUAUCUACCAAACUUUUAGUCUCCCUGAAAAUAGUUUUGCAACUGAAAUUCACACAAAUUUAAUUUGAAGUGUAAAAUACACCGGCCCCCUCAAGAGUUGCUGGAAUUUCUUCCAGGAAAUAGAGUGCUAAACAAAUUGGUUUGUUGCCUUUUGAAAUAUGGUUUGUAUUUUAAUUUUUCUUUUUUUUUUUGUGUAAUAACACACAACCAGAUGUUGACACUCCAUGUUGUACCAGGUGCCACUGUAUACCAGGUCACGUUAUAUCAGGUUUCUACUGUUCUUUUUUGUUACUGUAUUCAUCUCUCCGUGUAUCGGCCACCCCCAGGGAAAAGAAAUGUAGGUAUUUUCAUGAUGUAUUGCCUUACGCAGAAUUAGGCAAGUUUUUCCUAGGUGCAUGAUUGUGUUGCUUAAACUAUACAUUUAUAGCGUCACAAUUUUAUUUUUGAGGACCGCACUUUUAAAAAAAAAAUGAACUUCACACGUGCAGUGUAGCUAGCAACCAGCAUCGACCGCCCAUGGAGAGCAGCCUUGCUGCCUUGUUUCUUGAGGUGAUACGCACAUGCAUCCCAUGUGACAGAUGGUAACACUGCUUUCACAUUUUAUGAAACUAGGGUGGUACUGCUGGAGACGUUCAAUAAAGCACGACCUGAGCUGGUCAAGACCUGGCGACAGAGUAUGUUAAGAGUCACAGGUGACACUCCCAUGUUGGAACAAGUUCCUUAUUGGAUUGUCUCUUUCUGGUGUCUCUGUACAUGCACUGACCUCAGUCAGUAAAGGCAGGAAACAAAACCAUCAAAUAAUACGCAAAAAAAAAAAGCAUUUUUAAUAUUUAUUAGUUCCUAUAUUCUGCUGUACUAAUGCAAAUUGCUUAGUUAAAUGUUUAGUGUCUUCUUUUUGUCAAAAUACAUUUUAUAUUUACACACUCAAAAAAAAUUAUUUUUACUGCAAUGCAGAACAGCAUUUUUAUUUGUUUUUUUCCCCUUACCUUACAUAGGCUAGUUAUUUUCUCAAUAGUCUCUCGUUUCGGAGAAGUUUUCUGUUCAUGCUAAAAUAAAAGACAGCCCUAUAUCCUGUGAAAAGCCCACGACCCAAGGGCCCAAAAAUCCUCUCCGGGACCUUGACCAUGUUAUAAUCAUUUACCAUAAUAUGAUGUUUAAGGGCUACGAAAAUAUGCGCAGUAUUAGUUAGCAGCAAAUGUGCGGGUAGCACGUACAAGGCACCAACAUCAUAAAUUCAACAUCCCUGUGAUAAGAAAUUCUUAAGUUCUUCGUUACCUUCGAACAAAAACAGUGAAAUCUUCCAUUUGAGAACCGCCCUCAAGAUUUUCCAAAUUAUAUUUUGAAGAAAAUGUAUGUGGCUGAUGCACGGUUGAAUGAAUACAGAUUUGUUUAACCUCCUGAAGAGCUUCUCACUGAAUAUUUUUUUAGAUACAUGUAUAAAAAAUAUUGUUCAGUGUUUAUUUAGCUAAAUUAAAAUCUUCUGGUAUGAUUUGUAAAGAAUGGUUUAGCAUUUUGUUACUGCAUGAAAUACUUUUGUUACACAUCUACAAGAUCCUUUAGCUAAAAUAAUUUUUAUAUCUAAAAUGUUAAAAUUCAAUCUUUUGUGUAAUUUUGUGUUUGUCUUCAUUAUUUAUUUCAGCACUCUGCAGUCUUUGAAGUUGUACAGCAUUGUACUUAAGAGAUGAUUAUGAUAGAAUUCUUUCACUUGAUUGGAGGCUUGUAUCCACCACAGUUGAGCAAUGAAAAUACCAUAGUUUUAAUACUGCUAUCAUAAACAUUUUUUUUCCUUCAUAGAAGCACCACAAUGCAUACAGGAAUAUCUACAUUUUUUUCUUGGUAAAAUGCAUUUCAUACAAUAUAUAGUUUUAUGGUGUAUAUUUUAAUGAAUAUUUAAUUUUUGUAGCUGUCACCACAUUUGCCAUUAUGUUUUAUGUUUUUGGUUGAUUUUAAGUUUUGCCCAUGUUUCCCUACAAUGCAAUUAUUCGUCUUAUAUAGUCUCACUGUUGUGUAUGUAGUACAGUUCAGCUCAAUUUCAGGGUUUUUCUUGUCUCUAGUGAAAGUGUAGGUAGUCAUUACUUGUGUUAUUAUUUACAGCUAGUUGUGUUUCUGAUACUGAUAUGCAUGUACAAUGGUUGCAAUUCUGUCAACCACAAUUCAUCGCCAAGUCAAUGUGUUGCCAGCAAGAACAAUCAAGCGUGACAGCAUUGCAGCCUAACUUGAUGUGACAUACUUAGGUGUUCAUUAACAACGUUACUUACAGUACCGGUGCUUGUAUCGUACACCGUAGCCUUUACGCCAUGUCACCGCUUGUUUGUUCUUCUGUAGCAUGUGUAUCGCAAUAUUUAUAUCGUAAGAAUAUUGUUGUGUGAUGUUUAUAAGGUUGUACUUCAUGCAAAUCUCAACAGAUGUGACGUGUACAUUUGAGAGAAAGAGAAGCGAGAUGUUUCUCACGCGUAUACAUUAGUAUGUGUUUCACUUCAUCAUCAACCCAACCACUGAAUGUCAUAUCACAAGGUUUGUUGGAUAUGCAUCGGUAUGCUUUACACCACUGGACUCCACCCGCUUGGUCACAAACUUAUCUCGCGUGUAUUUUGUGCCAACAUCCGUGUUUCUGUUCCAGCCUCGGCAUCCUGCCACUUGUUUCUAGAAUCAGUAUUUCCUACAGUAUUAAGUAUUCCUCUCAGCCAUGUUAUCAUCUUCCAAACAGUAAUUGUAGUCUGCGUAGUUCUUCCCAAACUGAUUGCAAUAGAUACUUGUUCAAGUCAACAUUUAUUCCUCGCAAAUUAUUGAGUAUAGUUGUAGUGAAUGUUUUGUAUUAUGUUUACCAGCUUGAUACGUUUUUAUAUGCAUUUACGUGUAGCAGGUUUCAGAAUUUUUGUACAUAAUAUACAUACAUUUAUAUAUAUAUACAAUAUUUAUUUUCAUAGUAAAAAUCACCCCCAAAUAAGUAAAUGCUUUCUCAUAAGUAAUUUUGUAAAUACAUGACAGAUUAGUAUUCAUAACAUUGUAGAAUACUCACCAGGAAACAACAUUCCAGUCAGUGUACAGAAUAAAUAAUUUGUAGAUAGUUUUAUAGAAGAAAAAAGUGUUUUUACGUGUGUUGUGUACAUGUGUUGUUGCUAAAUAUUUGUGAUGUUUAUCACUAUGCAGUUCAUUCCCAAACAGAUGCGUUUAGUUAUUUCGUUAUCGUUGAUAAACAGUUAAUUUUGUUGCUGGCAACAGACUGUUUUACGGAGGUACCUGUUAGUGACAAGUCUUGGAAAGUGUACAUCAGGUGACCAUUACCACUUUGUAGCAGGGUAAAUGGUAUAGUAGUUAAAGUUAUUUGAUUCUAGUUGAUUUCAUUGUUCAUUAGUUAUUACAGCUUAGCUUCAAUAAAACAUUCCACAAGAAAGAAUUAUAUUUACCCAAUUUUUGAAGUGAAUCGUGACUAAACCACAAAUCUGAACCUUUCAAAGGAUUGGGGUCGACACGUUCAACCUCCUCUGCAGGUGUUAGUGGUUCUUUUUUUACUCCUCAGGUUUUGUUGCUGGUAUGUAUGAAUUAUCUCAUGUUCAUCCCUUAGUAUCUGCGAGUCAGAAUGUUUUAUUUAACAUGCAUCUUUUAGUUUUGUUAUUUGACUAAAGAA